AGUGGAGCAGACUGAGACGCACAGACGAUGUGGACGGAGUGGAAAAGCAUCAGCUGAUCACAGCGGUUCUGUCAGCGUCAAACCUCACACGGACCAGACUGAAUGGAACAAACAGACUCUGCACACACACAGUUCAUGUGAUCCUGACGCUGUUUUAAGAAUGAGUAAGAGAGGGAAGAGGAGGAACAGCAAGAGGAGGAAGAGCUCCAGCAGCAGCAAACAGAGCGUCUCCCAGUACAUCUUCCAGAAGCAGAACAAGAGCAACAGCGUCAGCUACAAGGAUGAAAUCGUCGAAAAGGGAGAAACAGACUCUUUCCGAAAGGAGAACGCUCUGUCCGAGUCGGAGGACGAGGACAAAUACAACAGCGCUUCACCCAAAGAGAAAAGAUUCAAACAAGAUUAUCAAGUCAAUUUAUUUCCAAACCAGAGGAAUAUUUACACCACCACGACCAAGGACAAAGAGAAAGGAGUCAGGAUCAUAACGUCAGUGUCUGUCGACGACAUGGACGAUUCAGCCCCGAAGUUCAUGUUUCAGCAGUUGCAAGAACCGCUGUAUUCCAAUCCGACCAACCCGUCCACGCCGGUCGCAAACAUCAUGAAAAUUAACUGCUCGGGCUCACAGGUGAAGCUCGAAAUCCAAGAAAUCUCGCAGCGCAACUCAUCUGGACUCAAGACCACGUUUGUUUUGUUUAACGAAAAAGGUGACGGAGCCGAGACGGUUUUUAAGAGUAAAUGUGAGAGGACGUGGAUUCCAAACAACGACCAACCGUUUCAGCACGUUUCAGCGCAGAAUUACAGCUUCACGUUCAGCAGUACGACUGAACAAAUGGAGACUCAGACGGACUCGCAUUCUGUCAGCCCCGUUACGACGUGGGGCAAAGAUCCGAAGGCAGACUUUCUGGCGUCAGGGCAUCCAGCGGACCCACAGCUGAACCUCAAACCUCAAGGGAAGAGGAAAUAUUUCCACAAAAGCUUCAGCAGCGAUCAGUUCUGGGACAUCCCCCCUCCUCAGGAAUUCGCAGACCUUAGAUAUAACACUUUAGAGGACCUCACAGAUGACCUAGCUUCGUGCAGGAUUAACGACUGCGGCUCUAGGGAAAAACAGAAACUGAUGCUUCAGCAAACACCCGACAUCACUUACAAUGACGACUCCGGAUAUCCGUUUUCCUUAGAGGUUACGGAAAGACAAUAUCUGACGCCUUCAUUUGACCAAAUGUCAGAAUCCGACAACUAUGAGCCCAUGUUCAUGAGACCUUCAGUGUCGACGAACAGGUCCAGCUUCACCAAAGACUUCAUCAACUGUCAUAAGAGGAAGUCCUGGAUUAGAAAUAACAGCAUUGCCACCGUAGAACACAAGGCGUGUUUCUUACCCAAGAAAAGACGCCAAACGUUUCCUGGACCGUCAGAGGGUUUGUUACCAGAGGACUUUCUGUUGCCUUAUGGAGAGUCCUUUUCCUCUUUGACCAUGUGUUCGCACGUUCUACAAACCGGUAAGCGACAGCAGGGUGAUGACAGGUCUCCUCUAAUGGGCAGAUCUAAUUCCUAUCAAGGCAAGGGUGACAAAGACGAUCAUGUCGUCACCAUUAACAGACAAUAUAGACGACAAAGUAGCAUCAGGUACCGCUGUAUAGACCCCAGGAGGCAGGACUGGGAACCCUUUGUUUAUAAGGACCGGGAAAGUCUGGACACUGAUGACUGUGGAGAUAAAGAAGAUCCAGCUGAAAUAGCAGACAGCGGCUUUGACCAAGACAUCGGGGAGGUGGACUAUCACGGUUCAGAGACCCUUACAGACCAGCUCAGUCUAAGAGCCCUGUCUAUAAAAGUUAUCCCUCCAUCUUGCUGUGGCUCAGAGGAACAAAUGCUGCAGAGUCACCUGGGCUUAUUUCAGAACGGUAAGACCGAAGACGCCAGCCAAGAGGAGUCGACCUCAGUCCAUCAGGAGCCAAGUAACCCCUCAGAUGUUGAACCGGAGCCAAGGUCUCUGCAGACGGACUCGGGGUCUUUACCGGGAAGCUGUUCAGAAAAAACUCUCAACGUGGACCCAGAUCCAGGCGGGGCCCAUCUGAAGGACCCCGACGUCCAUUCACUGAACACAGAGGACAGCUGUCCAUCAAAACUGGGUCCAGGAAAGUCCAUGGACUCCACCACUUUAUCGUCUCAGAUGAGUGAGGACACAAACCCAGAAAUGAGCAGCACAGACGAUUCACACAAAACCAUAGUUACGACAUGUUCCGACACUAAACUCUAUAAACACGACAAACAGAGCCUCUCCAGAUCUUUUUUCGAGUCCAAAGAGCUUCUUAAACCCUUGGGUCAUAAAGACUUGGACAACGGCGGUUCUGAUCACUGGGCCAAGAGACGGAAGCUGUUCAAGGAGAGCAAGCAGUGGAGUUCAACUGCAGAAGGUUCAAUCACCAGUGACAUCACAGAGGAGUCAGUUUCAGAGGACACUCCCACCAUAGACAUGAGUGUUCAGGACAGUGAAGAGCGAGGCUUCUACACAGAGACCUUCCACUCUGCAGCGUGGAUCUACCAAGGAGACAACGUGUCCUCUGGGUCCACCCCCCCAAGUCUGAACAGCAGAAACAGAGCCAUAUCAAUUCGUGAAAGGACGGUGAAGAUCAGUAAGGGGGCAGGAGAAUACCCCUGGGGCUUCAGGAUCCAGUUUUCCAAACCCAUCGUGGUCACAGAAGUCGACACCAAUGGCGCUGCAGAGGAGGCGGGGCUUAUGGUGGGUGACUACGUCCUGGCCGUUAACGGAACUGACGUCACCAGCAUUCCACACUCUGAGGCAGCAGAUCUGGCACGACAGGGUCCAGAUAUCCUCACGUUGACCAUCGGAUCCGACAUCGCCCGAGGCCCUAACACCCCCCGUCCAGGGUGUCGGGGUUACCUGCACAAACGCACCCAGUCUGGACUCAUCAAAGGCUGGAGGAAGAGGUGGUUCGUCCUCACACACGACUGCUGUCUGUCCUACUACAGACACCAAGCGGGAUGAAGGGAAAAGGCGUCCUCUGUCAACAGUCAAACUGGAAGGUGCAGAGGUGGGACCAGACAUGUCUCUGGGAAAACCUUUUGUGAUGAAGUGCC